UGACAACUGUGAGUGGAGGAAUGUCAUCAAGACAGGCCUUAGCAGAGGGCAGAACAGUUCCAUCCAGUGUAAGUGGCAUUACUGUUAAUAACUUUGGUCUGACUGCCUACCUCCGCAUAUCCUGGCUCCCAGCUAUUGGCUACGUCGAUGCCUAUGUGGUAACAUUAUCUCACCAUGGUAUCAUUCUUCCACCACUUACACUCUCUAAAACUGUCACCGAAUGCUCCUUCAGCUCCCUCUCUCCUGGACGCCUGUACAAUGUGACUGUGACCACCCGAAGCGGAAAGUUUGAGAAUUAUUCUUUCAGUCAAGAGUGGACAGUUCCUUCUGCUGUGCAAGGACUAACAGUGAGCAAUGCUGCCAGGAGUGACUACCUCAAAGCAUCUUGGCUACGAGCCACUGGAGAUUUUGAUCAAUACCAAGUGACCAUUAAAAACAACAAUGGCUUUAUUAAUAUCAAGAAUGUCUCCAAAUCAGAGAAUGAAUGUGAAUUCUCCAAUCUGGUGCCGGGCCGACUGUACAGCAUAACUGUUAGCACUAAGAGUGGAAAGUAUGAGGCCAGUGCUGGGGCAAAUGGCAGGACCUUUCCAGAAGCUGUAAAAAAGCUCACACUUUGCCAGCAGAAGCAGUGAGGAGCUCCAUGUGACAUGGUCAAGUGCUGAUGGAGAUGUUGAUAGCUAUGAAGUUCAGCUCCUAUACAAUGACAUGAAGGUCCUUCCAUCCAUUACACUGAGUAACACAGCUGCUGAAUAUCGUUUCACUUCUCUCAUUCCUGGUCGUCUCUACAAAAUCGUUGUGCUCACCUUCAGUGGUGAUGCACAGAGAUCAACAUUCGUGGAAGGAUUAACAGUUCCCAGUGCCGUAAAGAGCAUUCACAUUUCCCCACAUGGAGCAACAAACAGCCUGAAAGUUAACUGGACUCCUGGAGGUGGAGAUGUUGAUUCUUAUACUGUGACCAUCUUCUGCCAUAACUACCAGAUAGAGUCUCACACUAUAUCCAAGCACAUCUACGAACACACCUUCAACAAUCUUGACCCAGGAGAGCAAUACAGGAUUGUUGUACAGACCAACAGUGGAGGUUUACACAAAAACCUGACAGCAUUUGGAAGAACAAUACCAGCCACAGUUCACAGACUGGCAGUUGACAGUGUGUACAAUAGUCAUUUGCUGAUGGUCAGCUGGCAGAGCGCACCAGGCAUUGCAGACAGAUACGAUCUCCUUCUUCUAACUGAUAAAGGAGUUUUAGUAAAUAACAAAUCUGUGCCAGCUAAUACCAAAUCCUAUAAGUUUGAAGAGCUUGUUCCAGGAAAAAUGUACAAAAUCCGAGUGUUCACAGUCAGCGGCGGUCUAUUCAGCACAGCAGAAGAAACAGCAGGAAGAACAGUCCCGGCUGCAGUGACCAAUCUAAAGAUCACAGGGAACAACACAGACAGUUUGUCAUUCACGUGGACAAGCUCAGAGGGAGAACUGGACUCUUAUGAUAUUUUCCUG